GCGCCCGAAGGCUGCCGAUGUGUUGACGAUCUUUACCGAGCUCCCCCUCUUUAAAGUAACAUGUCAUCCAGGUACUGACUACAUACAACCUCACAAAAAUGAGUGACAAAGGUCUAUCGGACGAGCUGGUGGCGGCAGCUUGUAAAGAUGCGGAUCCAGUAACCAAGGACUUCAUGAUGCAGCAGACGAUGCUGCGAGUGAAAGAUCCGGUCAAAUCCUUGGAUUUCUACACCAGAAUCCUCGGCAUGACGCUGCUGCAGAAGUUUGACUUCCCCUCCAUGAGGUUCUCCCUCUUCUUCCUGGGCUACGAGGACAAGAACGAGAUCCCCGCCGACCUGACCGACCGGACUUCCUGGACCUUUUCCCGGAGGGCCACCAUCGAGCUGACACAUAACUGGGGGUCAGAGUCGGAUGAAAGUCAGUCCUACCACAACGGCAAUGCAGAUCCACGUGGGUUUGGACACAUCGGGAUCGCCGUUCCCGACGUCAAAAAAGCGUGCAAACUGUUCGAAGAGCAAGACGUUACGUUUGUCAAGAAGCCAGAUGAUGGUAAAAUUAAAGGUCUGGCAUUCAUUCAGGACCCUGACGGCUACUGGAUCGAGAUCCUAAGUCCCAACAAUAUGAUGUCCAUCACCAGCUAAUUAAGAGGAGGGAAGAACGUUGUGCAUUAAGAGACGAUGACGUCUUGGAGGGGAAAAGGCAGCAAAAUUACUCGGGUGACACAUUUAAUUUGGAGCUGUACUAAAGAGGGACAGUUGGUUAGCGCUUACAUUUGAACCUUUAACUUUUGUUCUUAUAUCAACUGCUUAGGUAACGAUGUGGUGCUGUCUAAGAUGUCUAAUAAAUGUUAGAGCUCCUGUUCAAAUGCA